UUUUCCUCUCACUCUCCCACUAUACAUAAGUCGAAUCCCUGUAAAUUGGCAACGAGACACACUGACUCUCUGUGUCCACAUCUGAAACCACCACAUAUCUCUUUCUGCAUUUCUUGGUGUGGAAUACACGCUCAAGCAGAGUGGUGGGUGGUUUAUGUCCACACCCAUCCCCUCUCUUGUGGCUCUCAAGAUCUGCCGAGAUUCAAUUCUUUUUGUUCUUUAAUUUCAAGAUUCUCUGUAUCCUUAUAAUUUAAUUUCAGACCACCUUCGAUCACAAACCCUCUCACCGAACUCCAUCCCUUUUUUGCACUUUUUCUCCAUCCAGCGAAAGAUAAAAGUGGGUAGCUUUUCACUGCAAAUUUCGGCUCACCCCUGUUUAUGAUUAAAUUAUCUGGGUGAGGCUGAAGUUGUUUUGUUGGAUUCAUUUUUUUCACUUAUCUUUGUUCUGCGCUGCUGCAAUCAUCAAGCUCUGAAUGGGUGACGUAGCAAAGGACUUGACUGCUGGGACCGUUGGAGGAGCAGCACAAUUGAUAUGUGGGCACCCCUUUGACACUAUCAAAGUCAAGCUCCAGAGCCAGCUUGCUCCACUACCUGGCCAGCCUCCAAAGUAUGCAGGUGCAAUGGAUGCGGUCAGGCAGACAUUGGCUGCAGAAGGACCGAGGGGGUUAUACAAAGGUAUGGGAGCUCCACUUGCCACUGUGGCAGCUUUCAACGCUGUCCUUUUCACUGUGAGGGGACAAAUGGAGGCAUUGUUGAGAUCUCAGCCUGGUGCCCCACUUUCAGUUUACCAGCAGAUUGUUUGUGGGGCUGGAGCUGGAGUUGCUGUUUCUUUUCUUGCAUGCCCCACUGAAUUGAUCAAGUGCAGGUUGCAAGCACAAAGUACCCUAGCAGGUUCUGGCUCAGCAGCUGUUGCUGUGAAGUAUGGAGGGCCAAUGGAUGUGGCCAGGCAUGUCCUCAAAUCAGAAGGUGGCAUGAGGGGUCUUUUCAAGGGUUUGGUACCUACCUUGGGACGUGAGGUUCCUGGAAAUGCUAUUAUGUUUGGUGUCUACGAAUUAUUGAAACAAUCCCUUGCUGGGGGGCAUGAUACUUCUCAGUUGGGAAGGGGCUCUUUGAUGAUGGCGGGAGGCUUGGCUGGAGCAUCCUUUUGGGCACUGGUAUACCCUACUGAUGUAGUCAAGAGUGUACUUCAGGUAGACGAUUACAAAAAUCCCAAGUACACUGGCUCCAUCAAUGCUUUUAGAAAGAUUCUAGCUUCCGAAGGUGCCAAAGGCUUGUAUAAAGGUUUUGGCCCUGCCAUGGCCCGAAGUAUUCCUGCAAACGCAGCAUGCUUCUUGGCAUACGAGGUCACAAGGUCUAGUUUGGGAUGAUUGAAUUAUUAGGCAUAUGUCACUGACCAAGGAUAUGGAUGAAUCUUCACCAUUGUUGUCAUAUGGCCCUCAAAUUCUUUUCUUUUCAUUGAAUGAAAGCUUUUCUGAAUUGCUCAGCAAUAUGAUAACCUUUUAUUUAUCAAAAGCGAAGGGGAAGGAUGGUCUUUUUAUCCUCCCAAGUUUCUA